GUUUGUUUACAGUUAUUAUUAUACAUGCAGGACUUAUGCGCAGAUUCCUGUCCGUCUGCGGGGUUGCUACUCGUUUCCUCUGCUGGCGUGAAGGAUGUCUGCUCGAGGAGUUUAUCAUGAUACAGUUACAGCUGUUAAAGCUUCGGUUCAUUCGGAUUCGAUUCCCUCAGAGCUGUUCACACAGAGAGUCAACGGCUGUCAUCACGCCUGAUGGGUCGCAGCUCCUCCAGAGCGGAUGGAAGGAAGUUGGCGGUGGCGGCCGUAGCACUGCAGGACCACAUCACCCGGAGUGUCCCGCAUCUUCACAACCUUACUGUCUCAGGUUCUGUUGGCCGAACCGUAUGUCCAGCAGCGUCCACUAGUUCCCUCAGAGUGCAGCAGCACAGGGAGGCUGGACGUACGCUGAGGGAAGAGAGGGAGUACGUGCUGGACCCGGAUCCCCCACCACUCACACUCGCCCAGCGGCUUGGUCUGGUGGCAGCUCCUGCUAGAAGACUGACCGUAGACGAGUGGACAGAGGCGAAGUCAAGGUCUCUUCAGGAAGGAGACUCUACCCAGCAGUGCGUCAUCUGCAGAGAGGAGUUUCGCCUUCAGCCGCAAGUACAGUUUACCCAUAAUCCACCACAGCUACAAGUACUGCUUACACAUAAUCCACCACAGCUACAAGUACCGCUUACCCAUAAUCCACCACAGCUACAAGUACAGCUUACCCAUAAUCCACCACAGCUACAAGUACCGCUUACCCAUAAUCCACCACAACUACAAGUACACCUUACCCAUAAUCCACCACAGCUACAAGUACCGCUUACCCAUAAUCCACUACAGCUACAAGUACAACUUACCCAUAAUCCACCACAGCUACAAGUACAUUUUACCCAUAAUCCACCACAGCUACAAGUACAGUUUACCCAUAAUCCACCACAGCUACAAGUACCGCUUACCCAUAAUCCACCACAGCUACAACUACACCUUACCCAUAAUCCACCACAGCUACAAGUACCGCUUACCCAUAAUCCACCACAGCUACAAGUACACCUUACCCAUAAUCCACCACAGCUACAAGUACCGCUUACCCAUAAUCCUCCACAGAUACAAGUACCACUUACCCAUAAUCCACUACAGCUACAAGUACCGCUUACCCAUAAUCCACCACAGCUACAACUACACCUUACCCAUAAUCCACCACAGCUACAAGUACACCUUACCCAUAAUCCACCACAGCUACAAGUACCGCUUACCCAUAAUCCACUACAGCUACAAGUACCGCUUACCCAUAAUCCUCCACAGCUACAAGUACCGCUUACCCAUAAUCCACCACAGCUACAAGUACCGCUUACCCAUAAUCCUCCACAGCUACAAGUACCACUUACCCAUAAUCCACCACAGCUACAAGUACCGCUUACCCAUAAUCCUCCACAGCUACAAGUACCACUUACCCAUAAUCCUCCACAGCUACAAGUAUAUCUACAAGUUCACUGUAUCUAUUUAGAACUAUUUCAUGCUGAAUCGUUCUCCGCAUGCUGAAACGGUCCUUCAGAUUGACGGUGAAUGUGUUCUACAUGGUUCUAUGUAUCGUGUUUCAGUUUUUGACAUGAUCUGAAAACGCCUGUCGUCCUUUACGUUGUGUGUGAAUUUCACGAUGCUCAGACUAAAGGAAACGGCCCAAAAUGACCUGUAAAAAGUUCUGGUUCCAUUGACUUCCAUUCAAAGUAAAGCAUGUUUUUCCCUUCUCCUGUAAAGUCACCGUUUCGGUUAUGUGAGGUACCUCAUGCACCCAGCAGUGAUUUGUAUGUGAUCCUGUUUUUGCCCUAUGAGUGAAGAACAUCGGUCAUAACUAUCACUGCUUCAGUUCUCAUUUACCUGCUGCUCUCGCCUGUUCAGGUAAAGCCACCUGUGCCAAUUUAGCAAUUUACAGCUGUACAGAUUUCCCAUACUGGCCCACAGCUGAACUGUGACGGCACCGACGCGAUGUGAAGGGUCAGCUGCCGUCCGCACCUCCCUGAUCCGCUUUUAACAGCCCAAUCUGCCCAAGAAUGCCGAGGAAAGAAAGGACCAGCUGUACCGAGACAAAAGGCCCUGUUGCCAUAGACGCAUAUGUAAAUAUUAGCUCCACUGUGUGGAGGGAGCCCUGAGGCUCGGGGAGGCAGAGCUGCGGUGAUUUCUGAUCAAUUAAAGCGCAGUAACUCAACGGAACCAAACAGAACCGUCUAAUCGAGUUAAUAAGUUCUCAUUAUCAAAGCAGACAUCACGUGGAUGCUCCCCCUACGUCACUGCCAGAUACGCUGAUUAACAUGAGUAAUUAACAUGCGCAUAAAUCAGCAGACACACUGAUAUAGUGGUGAAACGGUUCUUCAGACUGACGGAGAAUGUGUUGUAUAGGGUUCUACAUGGAACCUUUUUGAAAAGCGUUCUUCUAUUGUUACAGGCUUGCCAGAAC